UAUUAUCUAUACCUAUCAUUGCCUAGUCUGUACCCAACUAGCGUGUGUGUGUAACAGUGAAAUAGCUUAAUGGAAAUGUAGGAAACGAAUAGUGUAAAAAUAACGUAAAUCUUUAAAAGAAAACAUGACAAGCCGAACAAAUUUCAAAAACACACGUAUGAAUUACAGGGCACAAAAUGAUUCACCUGAACCAAAAGGAACAAAACCAACACGCGAAGCUUCAUCAAUUCAAGAAGUACUAACUCUAAUGAUAGUGCACAUUUGUAAGAAGAUACUUUUCUUUGACACAAAUUUAAAAAUAGCACUCUAUUUGGGUGCUCUUUUUCUUUUAUCACUAAUUGCUGAUGUGCUCACUUUUCCAAAAUCUUAUUUCUCGAGAAGUGAUAAUUUUUUUAAUCAAUAUUUCGUCAAAAUUGGGUGGUUUUGGACAUUAGUUAUCACCGUGCCUUACGUUUUAUUAACAUCGUAUACGACAUGUUGCGGGAAAAGACGGAUGAUUGCCACCGCUCACAUGGUUAGAUUAUUAAUUGCCACUGUGUUUUGGUGGGGAUGGACUACACUUUUCAAUGUUAUUGAAAAUAAUUAUGGACGGUGUAAUUCAAAAUCAUAUGAUAACAAAAUUACAUGUCUGAAAAAUGGAUCAUUUUGGAAUGGGUUUGACAUAUCAGGUCAUUGUUUUAUUUUAAUAUAUUCAAGUUUAGUUUUAAUAGAAGAAGCCAGAGCAAUAAAUGGAUGGGAGCGCAUUAAAGAUUACAUCAGAGAUGAAAGAUACUCAUGGAGUAUUGAUGACAAAGCAAUCAGUACAAACCCACUUAAAAAUAUAACUAGUGAAGAAUUGGAGAUUUUAAAACGAUCUUAUGAGAAAUUUACACCUUACGUAAGAGGACUUUUUAUUGGCAUUGCUGCAUUACAAUUACUAUGGGAUGUUAUGCUUGUUUCAACUAUACUCUAUUACCAUAUUAUGGUAGAAAAGUUCAUCAGUGGAGUAAUAGCCAUAUUGACAUGGUUUGUAACGUACAGGGUCUGGUACACCUUUCCAUAUAUUUUACCAAAUAAACCUGGGCAAGGUGUCUUUAAAUACAAUAAAGGAAAAGCACAGGCACCAACUCCGGUAUACCUUAAAAGGAUGAGUUCUGUAAAUGGCAAGCAUUUUAUGGGUAUGCCUAUCAAAAACCAAAAUAGUGUUGAUUCUACAAAUCAAGAUGACACUUAAUGAUAUUCAAUUCCAAUUAUGGAUUUUUUGUGUAAAUUAAUUGGAAAAAUGGUUUGGGAAAUACCUAAUUAAGCUUGAGAAUUGUGAUUUUGUGAAUGUUCAUUACAAGGGGCUUUUAUUGCUGUAAAUGGACUGGAAUAAUUAUAAAUGAAAAUAUAUUUAAAAUCUGAGGUGGACAGUUUCAAAUUACACCACUAGUGACUUAUGAAUAAAAACGGAUUCAAUUUAUUGAGUACCGGUAGAAUGGGGCGAUUAGGGAUUGAGAGGCGAAUCGGGAAAAAACCGGGAAAAUCUUUCGACGCUCAAUAUAAGUUUUAUAUUCGUUGCAAAAUCUUCCAUUUUUUUGUAGUUUAAUAGUAGAAUGUUGAAAGUUCACAAAACAACUCUGAAUAUGCAUGAUAAUAGCUGCUAACUUAUAAAAAAUCGCGUUUCAAAUUAACUUCCUGUGGUGGUAAUUAUUUUGUGCUAGAAACUUUGCUCUCUUUUAUUUAUUUGAUAAUAAUAGAAGACGACUAUGAUUUUUAAACGUUAUUUAGUGUUUGAACCAGCAUAUAUAUUAAAGGUAAGUCUCAGUUGUUAUUGGUUUUAAUGUAUUUGAUUAAAUAAAAAUACAUGUAAAAAUCUGUUGUUUUUGGGGAUAUUGGGGACGUCAUAGGUACAAAUAACAACGAAAAAGGGGUUAAUUGGGAUGAGAAUACGUGAAAUGGAAACGACCUAAGUAUAAAUAGGUACAGGUUUGUAGGGUUGUCUAUGUAGUUAUAACAGUAUUUUUUAAAUUUGUUGGUAAAAAUCUGGUUUAUUCGAAGCGAAAUUGGGAAUAAGUCUUUAGUUGAAAUAGAUAAGCAAUUUAAUAUAAGUAAGUCGAUUUUGCAGAGACAUGUAACAAGAUCAAUGAAAUCUCAAGGUGGACAAAAAUGUCUAAGUAAUACAUAAUAAAAUAUUUAAUAUUUGUUCAGAGUGGGGGUAUUCAUCUGAUUAAUCCAUGGAAUAACCGACACACCUAAUCUCUUAACCAUAUAGAAAUAUCAGCCCCUAAGUACUUACCAAGAACGGAGAAAUAUAAACCGUUUCUAAGAAAGCCCACUAUAUAUGUAUAAAUGUAUAUAUAUAUAUAUAUAAAUAUUUUGUUGUUACUGCACUGUCGAUUGCACCUAUAAUUGAGGUGAUGUCUGCCAUGUACUUUUGUCAGUUUUUCAAUUUUUUUUAUUGAUGAUCACUUUGUUGGUGCAACUAAAUAAAUUAAUUAAUUAAAACUAUAUAUAAAAAUAAAAGUAGUGCCAACCCUAGCAAAUUUCUCAUUUCGUCCCAAUUAACCGCAAUUUUCGGGUAAAUAGGGAUUACACCUAUUUUUGCAUUUUUUGCUUAAACUGGAAUGCUACUUGCAUAAUUUUAAAUUAGACAACAAAGAUGCCCCCAAGACUCAAUCAUUUUGAUCCUGAUAUAGCAUUAUAUACAUCAACAACUACCUUAAAAUUGCUCAUAAAGUUGGAAUUUGUCCCUAAUCGCCCCAUUUUACGGUACUCUCCUUAAUACAUUUUUG